CUUUUUCUUUGCAAUUCUUCCCAUAAGGCCUGCACACCUGAGUCUUCUCUUUACUGUUGUACAUGGAACUGGUGUUAAGCGUGUAGAAUUCAAUGAAGCUGUCAGCUGAGGAUAUGUGAGUCAUCUAUUUCUCAAACUAGAGACUCUGAUGUUCUUGUUUAGUUGUACAUCUGGGCCUUCCACAUCUCUUUAUGUCCUUGUUAGAGCCAGUUGUCCUUUGUCUUUGAAGACUGUAGUGUACACCUUUGUAUGAAAUCUUCAUUUCUUUGGCAAUUUCAAGCAUUGUAUAGCCUUCAUUCCUCAAAACAAUGAUUGACUGAUGAGUUUCUAGAGAAAGCUGUUUCUUUUUUGCCAUUUUUGACCUAAUAUUUAAGACAUGCCAGUCUAUUGCAUACUGUGGCAACUCAAAAACAAAGACAAUGUUAAGCUUCAUUUAAUGAACCAAACAGCUUUCAGUAGUUAUGUAUCACACCGAACUGUAGAGGACACAAAUAGAAGCUUCAUCUGCUGGGUUUCCCCAGACAAGAACUCGUCAUCCUCUUCAGAAAUCCUCUGGUAAAUUACAUUGCCUUGUGCAAUGUAAUAGACAGUGGGGUCAGGAAUUCUAAAGCCCAUUAGCUAAAUCCUGAUAUAUCCAUGGAAUGUGCUCGACCAUUCCACGGUAAGCUCCCUCAGACAAGGUCAGGAAGUUCUGUAUCACGGCAAAUCAUGAUCCUGGAGGGGGAGGGUUUGGCUAAGUCUUUCAGAAGGCUUUCCGAUUUCCCUCUUUGUUGCCUUGCAUUAGUCAUAUGUUCUUUAGUUCCUGGAAGAGUUCAACAGUUAUCUAAUUAAAGAGUUAACUCUCCUUUUAGUUGCCAAGUCUUUAGGGCUUUAGGCUCUGUGCCGUCAUCCACUGUCAAUACCGGCUUGACAUUUCAAACUACUUGCUACUGCUGGACUUUUGAAUGCGAGAAAGUAUCUCCAAGUUUCACUUGGAAAGAAGUCCUGUAAGGAGUUAUGGGUGCCCACGGAUCCAGCCUAGAUGAAGUCUUGGCUGAGGAUAUGCACCAUUGGUACAAUAAGUUCAUGAGGGAAUCUCCAUCUGGACUAAUCACGCUCUUUGAACUCAAGACCAUGCUACAGAUGCAGGGAAUGUCUGAGGAGGCCAGUGGCUAUGUGGACCAGGUCUUCUUCACCUUUGACAUGGAUGGGGAUGGCUAUAUAGAUUUUGUGGAAUACAUUGCAGCUGUAAGUCUUCUACUCAAAGGUGAAAUAAACCAGAAACUGAAGUGGUACUUCAAACUCUUUGAUCAGGAUGGAAAUGGCAAGAUUGACAGGGAUGAAAUGGAGACCAUAUUCAAGGCCAUUCAGGACAUUACCCGCAGUUAUGACAUCCCUCCAGAUGACAUUGUGUCUCUGAUCUAUGAGAGGAUUGAUGUUAACAAUGAAGGUGAGUUGACCCUGGAGGAGUUCAUCACGGGGGCUAAAGAACAUCCUGAUAUCAUGGAGAUGCUCACCAAAAUGAUGGACCUUACCCAUGUCUUGGAGAUCAUAGUUAAUGGACAGAAAAAGAAGGAAUGACUGCUCAUGCAUAUCACGCAUUGGAUAAUGAAAGGACCCCCUCCCACUCUGUGGCUUAAAAACAAAGCGUAGAGCAGACUUGCUUAAUAAAGGGUAAAUCUUGCCAGCAGUGUUUCAGUGGUGGACACGGGCGAUGAUCGUCAUCUCUGAUUGUCUUUCAAACACAUUCUUUCCAUCUCUAUGCCUCCUGAUGUUCAGAGAGGGGAGAUCACUGUCUGACCCUUUGACAUUCAACUGACUUUCCUGUUCUGAAAAUAUAAUUCUUGCAGGCAGAAAUGACACAAGAGGAGAAUAACUUUGGUUAGUGUGUUAUUUAUUUGCAGGGGUGUGAUGUGCCUGUAAAUGCCCCAAGUAUUUGGACAUGAAAACCACACACACUCAAAAUAUGAAUGUCAUUGAUGUACAUUGUUUUAACGAUGUUAAAGAAAGGUUGCACAAGCACACUUUUGAACAAAAAUAUUUACCAAAAAGAAGGUUAUAAAUUUUACAAAUUAUAAAACAAUAGAUGUAUUCUUCAAAAUUAAAACAAAAAGCAUCUAGACACUUCCGUGUUGCCAAACAAUGAACAUGUCCAUAGUUAAUGUGAUGAACUACAUCUUUGGUUACAGACUUCAUAUAUCCACUAAAAAUAAUCUUUGGAUUAAAAUUAAUUGCAAAAAUGGCUAGGAUAAGUGAAGUUACUUCUGAGAAAAGGUCUAGCAUAAUUUGUUUGCAGAUACCACUUGAUAUUUGGUUAUCUAUUGAACUUGCAUUCAAGUGUGGCUUAAGUGUCUAAAUACUUUUGGGGGUGACAUUAUAUGAAGG